GACAGGCUUGCCAACCGCUAAAAACUGAGAAGAAGAAGAAUCCACCGCGCCACAAUGUUACUAGAGAGAAGCAGACGCUGCUCCGUUGAAGAGCAUAGAAAAUGGGUUGGUCCAGAGAGAACUCUCUCAAUUGUCUAUUCAUAUAAACACAGAAAGAGAGAGAGAUCUGCACUACUGAGGUGUUGCUGAGCAUAAAUAAACCAAGCAGUAGCUGUCAUUUCUGAUUUUACUGUAAUUUUAAUCAGACUUUGACAAGCCAGUGCUUCUACAUGUUUCUUGAAAACCACCAUUAAAAUGUCUCAGCUGUUAUACUUUAUCUUAUGUUCCAUCAAAGUGAGAGCCACUGGGAACCUACUACGAACAUUCCAUAGACAAAAAUGGUGCCAAUUUCAAACUGUGAAAGCGUUUGCGGGUGGUUUACAAGCAAGCUUCACUGUAUGGUAACGAGAUCAGGAAAGAAUGGCCUCCUCUGACUUCCACAACCACAUCAAGAAACCAUCAAGCCAUCAAGAGAAAGGCAUCGCAAUGCUGAAGCCAGAAGAGAUUAAAUGUGAGGAUGUGGUGUCUGAAAUCUCCACUACUCAAACAUCUUCCGCUGCACUCUGCACCAAACCGUCACCCAGACGAACACAAAACAGGACAGGCAAAGGAAGAAUUCACCAAUGCUCAGAGUGUGGACAAAGUUUUACUAGACAGAGUCAUCUCCAAAUACACCAGCGCAUUCACACAGGAGAGAGACCGUAUCCCUGCUCGGAGUGUGGACAGAGUUUUAUUAGACAAAGUAAUCUCCAAAUACAUCAGCGCAGUCACACAGGAGAGAAACCGUAUUACUGCUCAGAGUGUGGACAGAGUUUUUCUGUACAGAGUUCUCUCUAUCGACACCAGCGCGUUCACACAGGAGAGAAACCGUAUCAGUGCUCAGAGUGUGGACAGAGCUUUACUAGACAGUGUUAUCUCCAAACACACCAGCGCAUUCACACAGGAGAGAAACCGUUUCACUGUUCAGACUGUGGGAAGAGCUUUAGAGAGAGUGUUGCCCUCAGAAAACACCAGCGCAUUCACACAGGAGAAAAACCAUAUAACUGCUUAAGGUGUGGAAAGAGUUUUACUAGACAGAGUGAUCUCCAGGUACACCAGCGCAUUCACACGGGGGAGAAACCGUAUUACUGCUCAGAGUGUGGGAAGAGCUUUAGAGAGAGUGGUGCCUUCAGUGCACACAAGCGCAUUCACACAGGAGAGAAACCGUAUUACUGCUCAGAGUGUGGGAAGAACUUUAGAGAGAGUCGUGCGCUCCGAAUACACCAGCGCAUUCACACAGGAGAGAAACCGUAUAAAUGCUUGGAGUGUGAUAUGAGUUUCAAUAGACUGAAUCAUCUUAACAAACACCUGCACAUUCAUGCAGGAGAACAGCCAUAACACUGUUUGUACUGUGGGAGGAGCUUUAGGUAUUUGAAUAACAUAAAAUAGUCUUCCAAUGAUGGGAUAUGUCCUGAUUCUCCUGAUCCUCCUAGGAAUACACACUCAAGAGCUUGGAAAUGCUAAACUUUUCAAAAAACUGUAUGAUGGUGAGAACUUCUUCAGAUACCCUGUACUGUUCAGCAGUAGUAAUCAUCAUGAAGGUCUAACUGAAAAUUAGGAAGAUGUGAGAAAGAUGUAAGUAAUUUUAAUAUGCUCAUUUUAAAUAACAUUUACUUGAGGCUCUAUUCAUGCCACAGGCUAAAAAAAGAUGACUAAUAAAACGUUUUUUUUUGACUGAA